AUGAACAGUUCGCCGGUCAGUUUGUCACUUUUGUCACUUUGGUGGCUCGCUUCCACUUUUUUCCUGCUGGCCGGUAACCCAACCUCAGUGGAAUCACAUCACAUUUUGGGGCUUUUUGUGAAUGUGCAUCGAUCCCAGUUAAUGGUCCAUUUGGCAGUAUGUCGAGCUCUGCUGCAGAAGGGUCACCACGUGACAUUGGUCACCACAUUGCCGUUGAAGGAGCAGGAGAUCCGGGGGAAUGUGUCGCACAUUUUAAUUCCGUGGAAGCAGACAGAAGAGGAGAAUCAUAAUGGAUCUUCCUUUGACAUAGUUCUCCAUCUGCAGCGGAUGUUUAGGCGCCUAGAACAUUCAGGAGAUUUGCUCAAUCUGCCGGAGUGGAAAGGGUUUUUAAAAGAGCCACCUACUACUCCUUAUGAUCUGCUACUUUUGGGCUAUCAUUUCAACGAUCAUCUGUUGGGGGUUGCAGCGCAUUUUAACUGUCCAGUGGCCAUAAUUUCCACCCAGCAGCCAACUGGAUUUGUAAACAGCAUAAUGGGAAAUCCCGAGGAGCGUUGGUAUGUCCCACAACCAUAUGAUAGUCGCCAGAGGACUGGAGUCUCAGCGUGGAUAUUUGGAGUUUGGGAGAAACUAAUGGAGGCUAUGGCGAGGAGAGUGCUAGCAAGGAUUUAUAGCUUGCAUUUUCCCGAACCCCGUUACCCCAGCUUUGAAACCAUGCGCCGAUCGGUAGUUCUGGCCUUAAGUAAUCAUCACAUGAUCAGCGAGGGGCCCAUAGCUCCUCUAUUACCCAAUAUGGUGGAUAUAGGCGGUAUAGUCUUGGAACAGAAACUGAAUGACUCAUCACACGAAAGAACGGCAAGCAAUCGUUCGCUCAUAAUUUUCAGUUUGGGAACUCGUUUUACAUGGCGAAAAUCUUCUCCGAAAUUGCUGCAGACUUUCACAAAUGCCUUUGACCAGUUUCCGGACUAUGACAUUUACUGGACCUACGAUGGACCAAAUCGAAGUGCCAUCAGUCUGGAUUAUCCCCACAUAAAAGUCGGCAAAUGGUGGCCCCAGCGUCAGUUAUUGGAAAGUGGAAAAGUUCGAUUGUUUAUCACUCACGGCGGAAAGGGCAGUCUUUCGGAAGCUCUUUACUAUGGAGUGCCCCUGCUGGGACUGCCUUUGAUUGGCGACCAACGGGCAAAUCUCCAGAAGAUGCAGUCGAAAAAUUGGGGCUUGACAUUGUCUACCCACAAUCUCACCCAUUUAGAGCUAUCCAAAACAAUGGACAGAAUAAUUAGAUAUCCAAUUUAUGCUAAAUCUAUAUCAGAGGCCUCCAAAAUUUACCGCGAUCGUCCAAUGAAGUCCAGCGAUUUGGCCACUUAUUGGAUCGAGUACAUUAUUCGUCAUAAGGGAGCCAAGAAUUUGUACAAUCCCGCCAGGCACUUAAAUUUCAUCGAGUAUUACUCCAUCGAUGUCUAUGUGACCAUCUAUGGGGCCUUAAUUCUAACAAUAACCGUACUCAGGAAAAUAGAUCGUUUGUUGUGA